AGAUUAGAAUCACUGGCUGGUAAGAAGGUAUGGCCAAUCAGCUUCCUAUAAUUGACUGGUUCUGUCCUGUCGAGCUCAGAGAUCAGAGGCUUCCACCGAGACUCCAACAAAGUCCAGACUGUCGUCAAAGACUGCGAUCACGUCCAAAAACCAUCCAGCAGCCUGCUGACCAACCAGAUAUCAGACCGACCCUCUUCAGUCUCCAGCUUCAGGUAGAUCCCAGAAAGGGAAGAGGACCCAGACGCAGAGUACAAGGUGUUGAGUUUUAUUUCCACAAAAGGACAAGUAAAAAAAAUCGUAGUCAAACAGAAACUCUGCAGAAGCAACAAGCCUCUGCAUCGUCCAUUAUCAGUCAUGGCGUCUCCUGGUCUGCAGUUCCUGAUGAUAUCGUCCUUCCUUCUCUCCAUUGUGAGCGUCUCUACGGACCCCGACAAGGACAAAGUCAGUACGGAGACAAAGAAAGUCAUACUCGUGGAAAAGGUUAAAGCAUUGGGCAAGUAUAUUGUCAAAAACAUUGACGCAUUCAGAACAUCGGUCACCCCUUUUCUGUCACUGAUACCAGUGUGGGGGCCACUGACAAGUGCUAUUCUCAAUAUAGCAGUACAGGGAGCAGGACUAACCAUUAAAGAAUUAAUCAAAAAAGAAAUAAAGAAUGAGUUUGAGAGUCUUCAGUCUCAGCUUGCUGGAAAUCAAGUAGAGCACAAAUGGGACACCUGGGCAAGUGGUGCCUACCACAAGCCAGAGAUGCAAAUUGAGUUAGCCUGGACUAAUUAUCAAAAUCUAAUUGGUGGUCUUUUUGAAGAAACAGACAAAAAUAAGAAGAAGGCGCUUACAGAUGUUUUUUUUGACAGCUAUAAAAGGGACUCCACUUCAAAAUUGCACUUCUACCUGACAAAAGAAGGAACAACUUUAUCUGAAAACCUCGCAACUGUGCUGGCUACUAAGCUUAAAUGUCAUGAAAAGGAUAUCAGAGAAUAUACCGUGUUCAUUAGUUCACUUUUCUACAAGGGGAAUUAUAUGAAUCAAUUAUACGACGAACAUAAGAAUACAAAGUCUAAAAUCUCCAUUGACAAGUUAUCUAAACAGGCAUACGAGUCUGCAUUAGCUAUGUUCCAAAUGCACAAGAACUGCAUUUUUAACAAUAUUGACUACAUUAUAAAAGAAGUUGAGGAGCUUAUUGAUCAUAAGUUAAAACGUCAAGAACAAGCAAAUAAAGUCAGGUAUUUCUUGGAGGAGACGUACAACAGGUUUGACUGGAUGGUUGUUGCAUUUAUAACGAAAAGUUCCCAACAUAAAAUAAUUGAAACAUUGAACAAACAUUUAGUGUCAAGAUUUACUGAGGUGACAAAAGAUGGAGUAAGCGUGGCUGUAGCCAGACAGGUGAAGGGGACUCACACAAAGGCAGGUGAAGUUAAAGAAGCAAUCAAAAAGUGUGUUGAAAAGUCAGUUCUAUGUUAUAAGGUACCAGAGACACUGGAGCAUUGUGAGGAAUAUGUGGAAACACUUCUUGUGUCUCAGACAUACACAGUAGUGCACACCUUUACAAGAAAAGCUCAUGACAGCCACCAAGCAAUAGAAGCACCAGAUGACAUCCCUGAUGCAGAUGAAUACCCAGUUGACUCUGAAUCUGAUGGAACUGAUAAUACCACUCCUUACAUUUAUACAGGGCAGUGUUUUAAAUCUCCAGGUGUGAAGGGUGGCAAAUCUGUUGUUCUGAUUAAAAGUGACGAAGAGAUUAUGACUAAAAAUCCCUGCUCAAAACUGGACUGUGGCACUGACGAAAGAGGCAAAUGUGUUAGUACCGAAAACAUUUUUGUAGCAAUGUGUAAGUGCAAGUACCCGUACUUUGGCGAGCACUGUAAAGAGAGCUUAGAAAAUCUAGAGAAAGAAGUCUUUGAGGAAACGACCACAUUGCCGAAAUAAGACAAAGUCACCAGACUGUAAGAAGGUCUGACUUCUAAUGCAGCCUGGGGUCAACACAUUUCAUUAAACAAGUGUAUUGUUUUAAACAGACACUGACACUCCUACAUUUUAAAUGCUCUUGUUUGCCGGCUUAGCUAGCCUGAUAUUCAGACUGUGUGUUUACUUUCCCCUCUGUUACUCCGCAUUACAUUUCCUACUUGUUAGCAUUUUUCUACGGAACCCUAAAGUCCUAAUCGUGCACAAAAUAUAUUAUCAUGUUGCACAAGUUCUUAUCUUGUAUCCAAUUCAAUUCAAAAAGGCUUUAUUGGCAUGGGAAACAGACGUUUACAUUGCCAAAGCAAACGUGAAAUAAAAACAAUAAAAAUAAAUAAAUAAACAAACAGAAGAAUUAUGAUUUUGCUGUUUGAAAUGUAUGUAUUCAGAUGAGUAAAAAAAAAACAUAUCUCAAGAUAAUGUUUUGCAAAAACGGUCCUAAUUUCUGCACGCAAGAUCAAUAACUUGGAUCCAUAUCUUUUUCAAGCUUGUUAGAAUAAAUAUCUUAAGAUAAUAUGCUGUACACGACUCGUUAACACAAGAAAAAAAAGUGCCUCUGUACUUUCCUGUGGGAGGAGGUUUCAUGUUUUGUUUCAAUAGUCAGUGAGUGCUCUGAUGUAUUUUUCAGUCGGCACUGAGGACAGGUUACACUUAGCUUACCAAGUUCACAGAAUGUGAUUAUUUUGUUAAUGCAAAGAUACUUUAAGCAAUAGGAUAUAACUAUCUACAUAACACAAGGCUUCAUCUCACAUAUCAGUGAGAGAGUCAGUCAGAAGAUCUGUUUCAUCUCUGUGAGUCCAAUCAGGACGUGUUUAGCCUAGCUUAGCACAGAUACUGGAGGCAAGGGGAAACUGCUAGCCUACCUCCACCAAUAUAUAUAUAUAUAUUUUAAUUGCUGCAGCUGUAAUCACGACCAACCACCCUGGAACAAUCCGUUUCCUGUAAACUCAACAAGGACUUUGCCUUUGACAUUAAACUGGGUGAAACGGUCACAUUAACCCUGACUGUGAUCUCCUUUCAUUUUGGAGGAACAUCAUCUUAACAUUAUUCCUGUCGAACAAACAAAACUGAGUGUCAGAGUUCAGGUUAUUUUCAUAAAAUGUACUGACUUUUCUGAUAGCUAGCUUAGGGUUGGUAUUUCUGAGUGCAGCAACAUAGAAUGUAAAUACUUCAGAAUAACAUUGUAAAAUGUUCCUCUGAUGUACAAGUGUGAGUAAGAACCUCAGCUCUUUGACUUUAAUACACAUCUUGAAACACAUGUCUUUAUAUGCUCCUGUAGGGACAGUUUACAGAAUCAUUAGCUGUAAGUUAUUAUAUCAUCAGUUGCUAGGCAGAGUUGAGCCUCUGCCUAGAGACAGGAGGGAUUCAAUUUCAUUUUUAAGGUCAUGUAGAAAAUGAAUUACAGCCGAGAAAAUGGAAAUGUGAGACAAAAAGAAAUGUCCAACACCUGAACACAAUGUGCAGAAAUCUGUGGAUAGAAUGAGUGAAAAUGUAAAAAUGACAGUGAUAUUUGAUGUUACAUUAUUUAAAGCCUUCUGUGUGACCUGACCUGAUCUGAUCACCUCCUGCCUGUCAAUGAAAUCAAACUGGAUAAAGUUUAAACCAAUGAGUUGCUUUUCCUGCUUCAAGCUU